AUGGACGCCCUGCGCACCUUGGUGCAGAAGGUCCAGGACCGCGCCUGGCGCUUGGAGACUGCUGAGCGCUCCGCCUGCAGCGUGUUGCCGCCACUUUGCCCCGAGCUGACCAGCCAGCGGCCCAGCCCGGAGCUGCUCUUCGACGACUUCGAGCGCUUGCUGGAGCAAGAUGUGGAGGGGAUGAAGGGGGAGGUGGACCCGGCCAGGGUCUCCAUCUCCGUGCCCACCAGCGAGCUUCCGCUGGCAGUGCGCGAUCCCUUCGAGGCGGCCGAGUGCUGCCGCCUAGCCGUGCACUUGCUCACCCUUCUCUGCAAUCAGUUCGAGCACAUCUCCCAGUCUGCCUUGACGCGCUUCGCGCUGAUCGCCCGGCUCCUGAUGCAGAUUCUUCCCAUGCCGCUUCCGCUGGACCACCCCAAGGCAAGCGGCUGCUUUUGGAUGCAGGAGAUGAAGCAGGAGACGAAGGCUGACCUGAUGAGACAUUUGUUCCUGAUCGCGCGCCACUUUGCCGCGGUGUGCUGCACUUUGCGUGCGAGCCGCGAGACGGACGGCGCCCGGGUGGUGGUGUCAGCGGCCAUCGCCGCCAUCAUGGAUGCCUUGCUGCGGCGGGUCCUGGUGGGGCCUUUGCAUGGCUCCCUUGCAUCCAGGCACUACAGUGGCCUCGCCGAGGGUCCCUGCCUGCCUUUCGGUGUCGACUGCGGCACCUUCAAGGCCGCCUCCGCGACCUUGCUUUUGGUGGCGCCAGAGUGCCAAGCGCUGCGUUCCCUGGUGCUGGACUACUUUGACAGCGUGCGCCGCUCCAUCUCGGAGGACCACGUGGUGUUUUCCUUUGACCAGCAGAUGACCUGUGGUGAAGGUGAUACCGCCUGGGUGGAGCAGAUGGGGCUGUGUUUGGGCCUGGACAGCGCGCGCCGGGAGGCGGCCUGUUUGCUCACCGGGGAGCGGCCUGAGCUGUUGGAGCUCUUCCCGGAGAUCGCGUGGUUCCGGGACACCGUGUUCCUUUGGAAGAUGCUUUUGCUGCCGGCAUGCCAAUGCCCCCCCAUGCAGCAAUGGCGUGCGGCUGACUCGCUGCUGAAAUGGCAGUACAAGAAAGGUCGCUUUGAAGUGGUCGGCUUCGGAAUGACGCUGACUGCUGAGGCGCAAAGGCCCAGCUUUUUUCAGGGCGUGCUGCGCUGGUUUGGCCAGUACGAGUCCGACAACAAGAGCCUCAGCCGUGCCAGUCCCUCCGUAUUGGCAGGCUCGCAGGAGAUCAACACUGAGGACGACGUGCUGUUCUUGAACCAGUUGCCAACCUUCAACGGGGCCUUAGGCGCUGCCGACAGCGAGCUGUUGCUGACCUACCUCACCGCGCCUUACCUGCGCAUUCCGCUGCUGCUGAGCUUCUUCACGGACCGCCAGCGGGUGUCGGCACUGAGAGAGCCGCAGCUGCAGGUUGUUUUGGACGCUGUUCUCUUCGAGCCGGGCCCCUGGCAGUCGCGCCUCGAGGCGCACCAGGCGCCGCCCGAGCUGGUGCCGGCGCCCGAGAGGAGGCACCUGUCAACUGCUGCCGGCCUGCUGUUCAACGAGCUGAUGCGGGCGCCGCAGCCAGUCUUGCACGCGGUCCUUUGCCUGCUGCAGGUGGCGGUGGAAAAGGAUGUGGGAAGACCAGAUUCAGCAAACGAAGGCUUGAUCCUCUACAUCAUCCGCCUGGCAGUACGGGUGGAGUCCUACUUGGCCUUCCUUCUGGCCCCCGGCCGGCGUGGCGAGGGCAGCUGCGGGUUUCUUGUGCGCAGCUUAGCUGUCCCCGAGGACACCUCGCUGCUGGAAGAGCUGGAGGCCUCGCAGGGGCGACUCCGCCGGGAGCUGCAGGGUGAUGUCCUGCGGAUGCUGAGCGACUGGCUGCGCUAUGCUGCCAAGAGGCCUGACAAGCUCCUGCCUGCUGCCUGCCGCGUCCAUGCGCACAUCGCCCUGAUCUUCACAAAUGUGCCUGCGGCGGAGCUGGGCGUGCACGAGGCGGCUGGCUUCCUGUCAGCGCAGGCCUUCCUGAACAUCAACUUCCGCUGGGCGGAGGCAGGGGGGUAG